ACGUAACCUGUGGAGAAGGGAAGUGUGUACCUGAUCUAUUAGGGCUGCUAUUUCAUUGCGACUGUAAUCCUGGCUGGAAGACUAUCCAAGUCGGACCUAUGUCCUUUGGCGCCUGCAUCAUCCCUAACUGUACUCUGGAUUUCUCAUGCGGUGGUACACAACCUCCGACGCCGCCUUUUCCACCACCGAUUAACUUCACCAGCCCUUGUAACUUAGUUUGGUGUGGCGAUGGCGACUGUGUGGUGAACUCAACCGGAACCGGACACUAUUGUCAAUGUCACGAUCGUGCUGCUAAUUUGUUCAACAAUCCGGAAUUCGUUUGCAUGAAACAAUGCUAUUUGGAUGGAGAUUGUAACCGCCUCGGUCUCGGCCCACCGCCGUCGCCACCUAGCAGUGUCGCCUCACCUGGACCUGGUGGGAAAAACGAGGCUGCGUAUUCAUUGGCAAAACUUCCUACAAUUCUUGUUGCAAUUUUCACAAUAUUGUUUCUAUCGAGGAUUUAGUGAUAUUCAGAAGAUAAAACAGAAAGAUGAUUUAAAGAAACAAGAUAAAGAUGCCAAUUGUAUACGUAUUGCUACUGAUUUAAGCUAAUAAGUUGGAAGGCUUACACACGAUAAUUAUGUCUUCUAUUACGAAUUAUGACUGAUUUAAGGCUAAUAAGUUUUAACUCUUAAGGUUUACAAAUGAUGCCUACUAGUUCUAAAAAUCGAGUUUU